UCGAACCUUCUUGUUGUACACGGGACCAGUUGUAUUAAAAAAUAUUUUUCUUGAUGAUGACAGGUACGAAAAUUUUUUAUUAUUGCACACUGCAAUUUCAAUUUUAGUCGACGAGAAAAGGCUUCAGUCGUUGGUGAAUAUUGAUAACUGUCAGGAAUUAUUAAUAAAAUUUAUGAGGGGUUUCGAACGAAUUUAUGGCAAAAGGUAUAUUUCACACAAUGUGCACAAUACUUUACACAUUUGUGAUGAUGUAAAAAGAUAUGGGCCAUUAGAUAGAUUCAGCGCUUUUAGGUUUGAGAAUUAUAUGACGAGCAUCAAACGGAUGAUUAGAAAAGGUGAUAAACCUUUACAACAAAUCGCUCUUCGGUAUUCGGAAAGAGAAAAACUUGAAGAAAAGUUACCCGUUAAAGAAAAUUAUAUUCUCUUACAGAAACACAACAAUGGACCAUUAUCGAGAGACUGUGGUAUUGUCAUUGAACAAUAUAAAAUGGUAAAGCACAAGAACUUUACAAUUAAUUGUGAAAAAAUUAAAGAUAGUUGUGUUCUAUUAGAUGACCGAACUUUUGCUUUGGUAAAAAAUAUAAUUCGCACAAAUGAACGCAUUAGCUUAAUAAUAAAUAAAAUCGAUAUCAUCAACAGUUUAUAUGACGAGCCCGACAGUAAGGAGAUUGAUAUUUGCAUUGGUAAUGCUUCCAGAGAUCUGUCUACAAUUUCUUUAAAUAGUGUUUCACGUAAAGCUUGGAGAAUCCCAAGUACAUCAGGAUCAAUCUUGUUGCCUUUGCAUCAUUCUCAUUAAUAUAUCAAAAGAAGUUGGACAAAAGCAACGACAAAGUGGAUUUUGUAGGAUGUGAAUUACAAAUCAAGAGACUACUAAAUGCAUAUUCAGUGGAUCACGAGACUUAUUUUUGUACUUAAGAAUUAAAUCAAAAACUAUGGACUAUUGAUUCAUAGAAUGACUGAAACUAUUGUGACAAGUAUAUAAAAAUAUCUUUUCUUUCAUUGAA